AGACGCUGGGGGAGUUGGUUGGAGGCGGCGGCGGCUGCUGGAAGGAGGCGGCUUCUGGAAGAGGAAGACCACCGGGUCUGGAGGCGGUGUCGGGGGCCGAGAGUUGACCACAGUAGUCCCAGCCACUGCCUAGGACUUUGUUUGCUAUCUGGAAACAGCCUGGUGUUCAUGCUGGCAGAACGGAGGGGGUAUCGACAGUUCACUUGGAUCUGAAGACCCAGAGACUUGAUCUACAGAGGCAGCUUGGCCUUUCGGCACAGACAAGUCACCAGAAUCAGUGCAUAUUUUCAAGAUUCCAAGGGAGAACUGACUUCCCCAGAGACGGCUCGACGGGAAGCUUGAAGUUACCAGCUGCCUGUUGAUUUCUUAUGAGUUCUGUUUCUUUGGCUUCAACCUAUGAGACUGAUGAAAAGAUGGAGGCCUUGAUUUUCCAACUGUCACCUGUGGCUUCUUGAUUUCCAACCUUGCCAGAGAUUUUGUACUGACUCGAGUUGAACUGAGUUCUCAGGCUUUCUUGAAGGAAUACUGCUGAGACAUGAAUGAAGGAGCUUGCUGGCCCCCUAAUGGGGAGGAGAGAGAAGAUGGCCAGGUUGUGAGAACUUCUGCUGAGUCAUCUCUACAAAUGGAUGAGCAAGGCAGCUUCCUUCCAGCAAUCAAAUGUGUUCCUAUCUCCGCCCUGAAGUACCAGACAGUCCUCCAGGCCCUGACCCAGGAAGACGGGGGAUUAGAGCCAGCCGGAGAUAGCCCGGAGAUGCUCAGAGCCCAGGAGGAAUGGGAAGCGGUGGAAAACAUUCAGCCAGGAGCCGGCGGCUGGGAAAGCUCAGACAGACACGGGCAGCUGAUUUCCUUCAACGAGGCCCUCCAGCACUUCCAGACGGCCGACCUCUCCAGUUGCAGGAAGACGACCCCCCAGCCAGCAGUUUCCCGCAGGGGGCUCUCGGCUCUCUUCCGCUGCUUCUUUGGGCCCCCCCAGCUGCUCGACGGCCUUCAGGAAGAACGGGACCUAAUCCUGGCCAUCGCCCAGUGUGGCCUGGAUAGCAAGGACCCCGUGCACAGCCGCGUCCUCCAGACCAUUUACAAGAAGCUCACGGGUGCCAGGUUUGACUGUGCCCUCUACGGAACCCACUGGGAGGAGCUGGGCUUUCAAGGAUCAAACCCCGCCACAGACCUUCGGGGGGCGGGCUUCCUGGCCCUCCUGCAUCUCCUCUACCUUGUGAUGGACUCCAAGACCCUUCUGCUGGCCCAUGACAUUUUCCGGCUUUCCCAGCACCAUACCCAGGACCAUCCAACUCCAGAAGUAUCUUCACAUACUAUCUCAUUAGAUCCUUACAACAACCCUGUGAGUGAGGUGUGUGAGCACUUCCCCUUCUGUGUGAUGUCGGUAAACAUCACUCGAAUAGUGAUCCAGGCCCUUCGGGAAGAGUGUCUCUCCAAAGAAUGCAAUCGCCAGCACGCGGUGAUCGCCGUGGUGAACAGUCUGUAUGCCGCCGUUUUUCUGCGCCUCGCCUACGUCUGGAGGACCCAGCAGAAAACCGUUUUGGACUCCAGCUUUGUUCUCAAAGACCUGGAAAUACUGGCCAAAAAGAACCCAAAGCUGCUGCUCCGGAACCUGGACACCUACUUAACCAAAGGGCUGCCCCUGCCAGGGCUGUCUGGGACACAGAGUGUCUCUGGCACCCGCCCCAAGGACCUCGGCUUCACAGGAGUGUGCGACCUCUAGCUCCCACCCCAGAGGAGCACCAGCUGGAUGAUUCCAGAAGCCCCAGGAUCUGGAGACCAGACCUUGAAGAGCCUGGAAAGGCCCGCGUGGGGCAUCAGCUAGGAUAGCUUGGUCAGGCCUCGCCAGCCCUGUUCUCUGUUGGUGAGAUGUAGCUUUUAGAGGGAGGAUCCUGGCCUGGAGCCGGGACUGCCCAAUAGCUUUAACCCCCAGGCUGGGGGUGAGCACCCCUGGGUUAGAUCCAUGGGGUGCCCAGGCACCCAAACUUAGAAUGGCCCCAAGGUUUACAUGCCCAGUCUGAGUAGCGAAGGCCUUGCUUAGUUCUACAGGGCUCCUGCGUGGAAUUCAGCAGAGAUCGACGGAAUGUUUGUGUGAGUAGAAUUGAGGUCAGAGACAUGAAUUCAUGGGAAAGUACCCACAGAAGACUCAUUCCCUGGGCAGAAGGGCUUUCCAGGCUGCACAUGUCCUGCUAACUAGGAGCAAACAUAGUUUGAGCCUGAGGAGAAGUAGAGUAAAAGAGAAGAAAAGGUAGUAACAGCAACCCCAGGACAGUGCUGGUCGGAGGCAGUCUGGCCUGAGGAGGCUCACCUUGGGGAACCUCCUUCCCCGUUGCGUGUCAGGGCCGGAUGCCCUGUGACCCCUGACCCCGUUCUCUUCUGCAUGGUGGUGCCCGCUUGGCGGUUUGGCCGUCUUCACAACUAGAGACAGCCAGGCAGGGGAAGGAGCGGCGGUCACAUGAAUGGUUUUCAAAUUAAAAAAGAUGGUCAAAGUUUCAGGAUCUCACAGAGUUUUUAUUUUCCUUUCAGUAAGUUUCUCAGUCUAGUUCAGGUGGGGAGCAGCAUGGAGGGAGUGCAGUAGCGAGAGAAGGUGGCAGUGGCGCUAUCGUGCACAUCGCUAGUACAUUGCUUGGUACGUUACUCUCUAUAGCUAUGCUCUGUAGGGGUCUUGGGGGA